GCCGGGGGGCCUCAGGGGAGGGCGCUGGAGGCCCAGGGACCUGGGUGGGGGGCCCAGGACGCAGGGGUGUUGCCCCCAGCCAGCCUCUGCCCUCAGAGGAGGCUGAGCAGCAUCACACGGGCGGGGCCCAGGCCCUGGGCCCUGACCUUGCAGCCCAGGGCAGGACUGUGGCUUCAGGGCUCUCCUGACCCCUGACCUCUGUCCCCAGUGGCCCCGGCCCCUGGGCAGCCCUUCCUGGUCACCGUGUGUCCCCAGAGCCUGGGCCUGGCUGGGCUCGGCAGGGGCCUGGGCGGGAGAGGGUGGUCCUGCCCUCUGAGGCGGGGCACGGGUGAGAGGCCUUGGGGGCUGGACUGGGCUGGGCGAGGGGUGGCCCCCGUACUUCCUGGGGGUUAUGGCUGGGCUGGGCAGGUGCCUGGGUGGGAGAUGUGGGCCCUGCCCUCUGAGGUCGGGCACAGGCAAGAAGCCUGGGGGUCUUGGGUGUCCUGGGUAUGCCGGGCUGGGCGAGGGGUGGCCCCCAAAUCCCUGGGGGUCCAGGCUGGGCUGGGCUGUGCGAGAGGUGGACUCCGUCCCCCAGCCAGGUUCCCAGGCAGGAUGAGCCAACUAAAGGGGGUGGCUGGGCCACAUGCCGGGCAGCCUGGGUGUGGCUGGGCAGGGUGUCAUGUGGCUGGAGGGGGAGUGGGGGUGCUGGGCGUGGGGUGUGAAUGGCUCGGCGCCUUCUGUUUCCCGGACAGCUCUGCUGCCAUGGAUGUGUUCCAGAAGGUAGAGAAGAUUGGAGAGGGCACCUAUGGGGUGGUAUACAAGGCCAAGAACAGGGAGACAGGACAGCUGGUGGCCCUGAAGAAGAUCAGGCUAGAUCUGUGAGUGCUGGGACAGCCCCUGAGUUACCUGCCCUGGACCAGCACAGCCUGGGCACUCUCCGGUCCGUUUCCUCCUUCUGGGAGUCCACACUCAUCUCUGGGUGCUGCCUGCAGCCUUUGCCCAUCCCCCACCCAGCUCACUGCCUCCUGAUCAGCCUUUGCCUGGGCCCUGCUCUGUGGAUCUUGGUGGGUGACAAGCCAAGGAGCACAUGGCCCGGGCAUCCUACAGGGAUAAGGGACGCAAAAGCCGAUCCCCCUGGCCGGAAGUGCCCUUCUUGGCCCCGGCCUCUGUGCCCACGGCUUGUUUCUUGCAGGGAGACAGAGGGGGUCCCAAGCACUGCCAUCAGGGAGAUCUCCCUGCUCAAGGAGCUGAAGCACCCCAACAUCGUCAGGCUGUUGGAUGUGGUACACAAUGAGAGGAAGCUUUAUCUGGUGUUUGAGUUCCUCAGCCAGGACCUGAAGAAGUACAUGGACUCCACUCCAGGCUCGGAGCUCCCCAUGCACCUCAUCAAGAGCUACCUCUUUCAGCUGCUGCAGGGGGUGAGUUUCUGCCACUCACAUCGGGUCAUCCACCGAGACCUGAAGCCCCAGAAUCUGCUCAUUAAUGAGUUAGGUGCCAUCAAGCUGGCUGACUUCGGCCUGGCUCGAGCCUUCGGGGUGCCCCUGCGCACCUACACCCACGAGGUGGUGACGCUGUGGUAUCGCGCCCCCGAGAUUCUCUUGGGCAGCAAGUUCUAUACCACAGCUGUGGAUAUCUGGAGCAUUGGUUGCAUCUUUGCAGAGAUGGUGAUGAGAAAAGCCCUGUUUCCUGGUGACUCUGAGAUUGACCAGCUCUUUCGUAUCUUUCGUAUGCUGGGGACACCCAGUGAAGCCGUAUGGCCCGGGGUCACCCAGCUGCCUGACUAUAAGGGCAACUUCCCUAAGUGGACCGGGAAGGGCCUGGAAGAGAUCGUGCCCAAUCUGGAGCCAGAGGGCAGGGACCUGCUCACGCAACUCCUGCAGUAUGACCCCAGCCGGCGGAUCACAGCCAAGAUGGCCCUGGCCCACCCAUACUUCUCGUCCCCGGAGCCCUCCCCAGCCACCCGCCAGUAUGUGGUGCCGCGAUUCUGCCUUUGAGAACGUCAAGGCCACACUCAGAUCCUCUCUCGAGCAGCUGCUGCCCCAGCUGCCUCCCACCCAUUCCCGAGAGAGGACGCAUCUGGGGAGAGCAAAGCGCUAAGGAAUUGGCAUCAACCUGCAGAGGGCUGAGUCUGGGUUAGUCCUGCCCGCAGGUUAGCGAGAUCCUGUGUGGUUUUUUGGGUUUGACAGAGUUGUUUCAAAAUAGAGGCACAGAUGCUCCAUGCAUGGGGGUCCCCAGGCACUAGAACAACAGGUGCCAAGUUGCAGGCAGGCAGCCUGCCUGGUCUGGGCAGGGCCAGACCCUGAGGAAAGGGUGCCUCCUGCUGGUCUUUUUGGAUUUAAAAUGUUUGGGGGAAGAGUUGAGUUUCCGUUCAAAGUCCCAAGUUAAACAGGAGGGAGUGAAGGAAAGGAGAGAGGACAUGCCCCCGAUCCCAGGAGAGCUGGGCUGUGGCUGCACUAGGGAGUUGUUCCUUCACCCAAGAUGUGCUUAUCUUGGUUCGUUUCUGGCUUGACAACAAGAAAUAAACGUGAUAAUGUUCCUGAGUUU